UUUUUCCUUCUCUUUUUCUCUCUCUUUCUUUCUUUAACAAACAACUGCUAAACCCAAAUUUUCCUUUUUUUUUUUCGUUUCCUUUCGCUUCCUCUCGUUUCCCUGUCUUUGUCUCUCUCUCACGAGAGCUUAAGCUUUCUUUCUUCCAAAACCCAAAACCCUUAAGAUUUCAAACCCAAAUGGGAAAGUACAUUAGGAAGGCCGAAACGGCAGGGGAAGUUGCUGUGAUGGAAGUCUCGCAGUCUUCCCUUGGAGUUCGAACCCGAGCCAAAACCCUCGCGCUUCAACGGCUACAGAAAUCGUCGACUUCUCCGGCUACGGCGGCUUCGACUCCGGCUAACGGAGACGGGUCUUAUCUCCAGCUGCGUAGUCGGCGGUUAGAGAAGCCGCCGGUUGUUGUGCACCACCAUGAUUCGAAGAGGCAGAAGCAGCAGCAGCAACAGGUGAGUAAGAAGGAGAGCAGUGGGCAAAUCCCUAACCCUAAUUCGAAUUCUCGGGUUCGGGUGGGUAGCAGGUCGGAUUCUGCCACGGAAGAGAAAAAGGAAGGUGAAGUUGGAAGAGAAGAAAUGGUGCAAGAGGAUAAUGGAAAUGAUAAUAUUAUUAAGUAUAGUAAUAUUAACAAUAGUAAUGAGAGCAAGGAUUUUGGUGGCAUUGAAGCUUCCUUUGGAGAAAAUGUUUUGGACAUUGAGGCUCGAGAAAGGGGCACUAGGGAAUCAACUCCUUGCAGCUUGAUAAGGGACCCAGAGAGUAUCAGAACCCCUGGUUCUACUACUAGGCCUACCAGCUCAGCAGAGACUAACCAGAGAGUAGUGAAUUCAACGCGUCGACACAUCCCAACGGCUCAUGAAAUUGAUGAGUUCUUCGCUGUUGUAGAAGAAGAGCAGCGAAGACAAUUCAUUGAGAAAUAUAACUUUGAUCCAGUGAAAGAUAAGCCACUCCCAGGACGAUAUCAAUGGGAGAAAGUGGACCCCUAGACACCAUUAGUGUUCCAUCAGGACUUAUUUUCCUGCCUAAUAUCUCAGUUGAUCUUAAAUUUAGGUUUUUAAGGUAGCAGGAAUUAGUCUUUAGUUGUAAGGAUGAUGGUGUUAUUUCCAUUUUCCAUCAACCUUACAUAACUUGUAAAAAAAGUAGGACCGUUAAAAAAAAUGUGUAGACUAAUGGCCUGUAACAUAACAGAGGUAACGAGUUACACAAAAAAAAUACUACAAAUCAAAGUCCUUUGUCUAACAGAUCAUCUGAGAAGGGAAGGGAAUGAGGGUGUAGGUUAGAGUUUUAGGGACUUUAAGGUCAGUCAAUUAGGUCAAUUGAUCUUGAUCUGGUACAGAAUUUAUUUUCCUUUUUUUUUUCUUUUGCACUGUAUUUUCCUCCCUUUGUUUGUCUAUACUUGUACUGAUGGAACUUUGAAAUAAACAUGAUCUCUUUCAUCCUCUUAUGUUUUGUCUUUUCCUCUAUCAUAUUUUUUUAGUGAUUCUCACAGUUAAAUUUUGGCCUUUUCUUUAUCUCCAUGUGAGACAAUGGAACUUUGAUCAUUCCAUGAACUUCAAGAUGAUGAUGAUGAUAAG